AUGUUCACUCUGAUGACAGGUUUUUACAAAUACAUGUUCAAAAAGGAUGAAUAUUUUGUUCUCAUUCUUGGGUUGGAUAAUGCUGGAAAAACUACAUUCCUUGAGCAAACGAAAACCAAAUUCAACAGAAACUAUAAAGGGAUUAAUUUGAAAAAGAUAACAUCAACCGUUGGCUUGAACAUUGGGAAGAUUGACACAUCAAACAUCCGAUUGAGUUUUUGGGAUUUGGGAGGGCAGGAGGAAUUGCAAUCUCUCUGGGAUAAAUAUUAUGCAGAGUCCAAUGCUAUCAUUUAUGUUGUCGAUUCAUCAGAUGAGAAUAGAUUAGAUGAGUCUAAAUCAGCAUUUGACCAAAUGAUUUCCAAUGCUUCACUGCAAGGAGUUCCCUUACUUGUACUAGCUAACAAACAGGAUUUACCGAACUGCGUUUCAAUGAACAUAAUAGAUAAGCUGUUCUGUCAGGAGCAGUCAGAUAUGAUUCAAAGAAGUUGCAAAACACAAUCUGCAUCUGCUCUUACUGGGGAGGGGAUUGAUGAAGGAAUCAAGUGGCUGGUCAAUUGUAUAAAGAACAACAGCUUCUUCAGACCGCCUCUGCAGACCUGA